GUGGCUGCCGCAUCAUGGCCAUGAACACUGCGUUGACGCUGCUCGUGCUGACGCUGUUGCUCGUGACCUUCUCAGGUGAACGGCGUGCAGUGGAAGCGGUUUCGGCUUCCGCGUCCCAGAUAGCGGCAGUGCGGUCUGCCUUAUUCAAGAACUACGAUCGCGCACUGCCGCCCCCUGGUGACCAGCUGAAAGUGAGACUCUACAUUGACCUCCUCAACGUGGAUCUGUAUGGAUACGCGCGGGUAAUGGAGAUUGAAGGCCUUAUUUACAUUGCUUGGACGGACUCACGCUUAUCUUGGACAGGUAGUGACGUAGUAAAAACUGUUUACGUUUAUACUGACGAGAUCUGGACACCUGACCUAGGAGUUUUACAUAGGUGGCAGGACGACCCAGAAGAAUCGUCUCUGGUCAACACAAGGUGCUUCCUGUCGUCUACUGGCUACGUGGAGUGUAUGCCGCCUGCCUACUUCCGCUCGCAUUGCAAGCAGGACAAUUCUCGCUGGCCCUACAGCAGGCACAACUGCACCCUGCGGCUCGCCUCCAAGUUGCCGGUCCAGAAGCUCAAGUUCGAACUUAUGGAGGUCGUUUUCGUUUACGAGCUUGCUUCGCGGAACUGGGACAAUUUGCAACUUUCGUCGUACGCUGAAGAGGUCGGGGGGAGAUCUAAUGUGGUAGUAUCGUUUGAAUUGAAGAGACAUAACUUGAUACAGAUAGCAGCUUUCGUCGCUCCAGCAUUUGUGCUGGUUCUGCUGACGGUGAGCACUUGGUUCCUGCCGACCAGCUGCGACGAGCGCCUCUUGCUGGCGACCCUCUCCGUCUUCCUGCACUGCGCCGUCAUCGACAGCCUGUCGUACGCCAUGCCAGAGGACGGACGCAGCGCGCCGCAGGUCGCGCUGAUGUAUCGCGACCUGCUGGUAGUGGCGUGUGCGUCCUUCAUGGCUGCCGUGGGCCUGCGGAGGUUGAGCAGCCUGCGCACACUGGACACCCCCGUGUGGCUGCCCUCCCUGCUGGAGUCCGGGCCCGCGCGGUUCCUGCUCUGCUCGCCCCAUGGCUCUCUCAGGCUGCAGGAAGAAGACGACGCUGAGGGCCUGGUGAGCGAGGAGGAGCCAGUGACUGCAGCCACACCCGCUCCAGCGGCGCUCCUGGCGCUGCUGAUCAACCGCCUGGGUCUGGUUGCGUCGACAGCCACCUGUGUCGCCGCCCUCUCCGUCAGACUCAUGGCUUAACUCUCACCUCCCUGCCAAAUACUAGCCACUCAUAUCGAUAUCUGUGGACGGCGACUACCAUCCCAAAAUAAUUCUGCACUUACGGACAUGUCGUAAAAUGAAAUGUGCUUCCAUUCUGUCCAAUGUGAAGGAUCCCUCUUCAGGUCUGACCUGAAACUGUCUUGCUUUUGGCCAGCCUUACGUUGCUGAGCAGAUCGUUUAAGCAAUGGGUCGACAAUUGCGCUUUUCUGUCAAUACGGUUCCAAGUUCAGACCAGCCAUCAAAAAAUUGAUACAGCUACGACAAGAGAGGACCAGUAUCUUUGGAACUGUCGAUGAGGGCCUGUAUGUGUGUAACUGAGGAAGAGACGGAGGGUUGGCAAUUUGAAUAUGAAUUUGCUUUACUUUAAAUGGUCAAGUUGCUCUGUGGGAAAAGGACUGUAUGCAAAAAGCAAAUCUUACCUGUAGUCGAGUCCCCGUUCGGUAGAGCAAUUUAACUCCCCUAAUAUGACGGGAACUUUAUGUACUUAUGUACUUAUCAGCUUCGAGAAAUUCGGUCUCCCGUCCACUUUCCGUCACUGUGGACUUUUGCAUCGUUUUUGUUGAUUUUCGCCUAUCACACAUCCUUUACGUUUGGCCAUUUUUAUCAGUGACGCACAGAAAUUCUUCUCUUGUCCUAGAAGUAUGAAUGUCUUACUGGGACAGCUUUCUUUCAGUGCCAUGAAAAACCCCUUACAGGUCUGUAGCGUUAUGGUACCAUCGUUGUUUUCAUGUUACAGUUUUGGUGGCAAGCUGGAAGCCAUACAGAUAAUCUUGAGCCUACAAUGCAUAAAAAAGUGAAAAGUUUGAACGUAGCACAGCCUUAACCCAUCGACUUGUUACUUUCAUUAAUUGAUAAUCACAAGGACAUUAGAGACUGCCGCGCCAUCUCAUCUAGUCAGAGUAGUGUACUUCACAGUGAAAAUUAAAAUAAAAAAAUUGAAAAA